AUGAUAAUCGCUAACCUAAACACCUUUUUAGAAUUUCAACAUAUAUUCCACUUAACUGAUAAUGACAGAACAGAUAUCAUGAAAGAAAUAAUGAAACAAAAAUUAAACUAUAGCCUUCAUAUUCCUUGGGACAAGCUUGAAAUCCUUACUGAUGAAAAACAAAAAACUUUCAUCCUGAACAGAAAAACCAAAACUCCCUUACCUUCUCCAAACACUCCUGCACCUAUUGAGGAAAGGAUCGAUCAUGAUAUGUCAAUCAAUAACAAUACCAUGCAACUUGAUUCUUCUCCAGCAACAAUCCCUGCCUCUACCCCUGAUCCCGUAUCACCAUUAGACAACAUAAAUCCGUGUGACUAUGAAAUAACUAAU